AUAUUGUGGAUUCAUUUAGAAAGAGACAGAAACAAUUCACAGCCAGAUUCCAGUAUAUUUCUUUCUAAAACGCUCUCAUGGCUGAAUCGCUGUCUCUGAAAAGAUCAAAAUCAUGUCUUCUCAGCCGCUUUGCGCCCUCUCCUUCAGUAGGCGAACGUCUGGCCAAGGAAAGGGGCUUCGUUUUAGAUUGUGUGGCUGUGGAACGAAUUUCCAAAGAUUAUAGCUGCUCCUUACCGAAACUUGGCUCUGUCAUUCCACCGUACAACGCUCAAAAGGACCCCCACAUCAGCGCCUACUUUAGAACUAAACCAGUUCCACCUUUGCUGAAGAAAACAGGACAGGAACGUGGAGGUACGUCAACCUAUGGUGUACUGGCUGACCGCUUCCAAUUCACCGGAGCAGCUGCUCAUUACCUACAAACCCGGAAUAAUUCUGGUGCAGGUCAUUCCGCAGACUAUACAAGAGGCCACGGCUUGUUCCUUUCCUCUGUAAGACCUAUUUAUGGAUACAAUGGAACAUAUGGAUACAGAAGAAAUACCCCGUCAUUGAGGAGACAGCCUUCACCAUUUGGCAUUGUAACCUCUUCUCCGAUUUACUGAAACAUUUAACACUUACCAUUGUCAAGCCAACUUCACUUUAAAAAAAAUAAAUGUUUAUUUAUUAAUAUUACACUGAAUAAAUGUUAACAUUUAAUGCGAUCUGAACUGGAAUAAUUGAGAUCCAAGCAAAUAAUAUCACGUAUGAUAAUAGGAAUCAAAUAAAAGGAACAGUUAGCAU